GUACCGGCCCGGGCGGGCAGGGCCGCGGGCGGUGCCGGGGCGCGGGGCGGAGCGGAGCGGGGCCGGUCGCUCCCGCAGCCCGGCGGCUCCACGCGCGGGGCUUUGAAAUUGGUUAAUUUUGUUUGGAAUAAUUACUGGCAAGAAAGGAGCUGACGUGUUCCUUCCCCAGGACAAAUUGCUAGCAGAUUUACAGCCGGAGUCGCGGUGCAGCGGCGGCCAAGUGCCCCAGGCUCCCCGCGGCCCCGCCGUACCUGCAGGCAGCAGCUCGCGGGGCUGCCUCCUCCAAACGACAAAUAUUUCAUUUCAGUAUGCAGACCUAAAAGCAGGGGAACCCCGAAAGCGGCGGCUCUGUUCCGUGGGGUGUUUUUUUCUUUAAGCUGCAGACUUUUGCUCGUGGCUUAGAACCGAGCGACUCCGCACAGAUGGCACCGUAAAUCCAUAACUGCUUGUGUUUUGUUUCCUUGUAGGAAUCCGUUGGCUCCCUGUCGCUGUGAAGGAUGGCGUUGUAGUGUCCUGCUGCAGGAUGACAGCAAUGCACAGACGCAGACCCUGGUGGCUGGAGGUCCUCCUCGGUGCCUGCCUGGCCGCCCUGCCCAGCAGCACCGCCUGUCCCAGGCUCUGCGCCUGCUACGUCCCCACCGAGGUGCACUGCACUUUCCGCUACUUCACAGCCGUCCCACCACGCAUCCCUCCAAACGUGGAGCGCAUCAACCUGGGGUACGUCUAAUGGCAAGAUUUCAAAUAUUCUGACCAGUUACCUUGCACCACUUUGCAUGUAAUUACGAGAGUUUUCAGAUUUAGGGCUAAAAAUUAAUCAAGGCAAGGAAUAAAUCUUAGGUGGAUGUUUUGCAUUAAUCAGAAGUGGUUGCAAUGAGAGCUAGCAAAGUCGAAGACUUCCAACAGUGGGUGGAAUCUUGGGGGAUGCAAGAACAUUAAAAAGCUUUGAACUUAAAUGAAUUAUUUUAUAUUACCUGAAUAUCUUGCAUUUUUUAGUAUGGAACUCUGAAAGAGCUUGAAAUUGAGCUAAUUCUUACUGGAAAAAGAUAGCUCAGAGCUCAGAUGGGGCUGGAAAUGCAGUAUGUGUGUUAAAAUCUUUAGAGACUUCUGAUGUGAUUUCAGAAUGUCACAUAAUCUUAUUUGCUGUGUUUUUAUCCAUCCAGUUUAUGGAACUAUUGGCUGUCUGAAUAUUUCAGCCUCCCAAAUGGUUCUGUAUGUUAAGUGGUCGAAAGAAACCAGGAGUAGAUUUUACCCAGGUACAAUUGGCCUGUUAAUGCAGUUUCCUGCAGGUAUCCUGUCAUAAAAUCAAAUGCGAAAACCAAUCAGCAAUGUUUGACUGACCCUGGUAUCACUUUUGAUACACAUAACCUUUGAAUUGUCCGUAUGUUUAUGCAAAAAGUACAAAAGAACUUUACUUGGAAGUCUUCCCCCUCCUCUGCUGCGAGGCAAUAUAACGCGAUCUCAGCUCCUGACUCCCGUCUGCCUUUUCCCUCCUUUGAGUUUGUCAAAGUUUUCCCAAAGUGCUGUAUGUGAAGACUAAGGACCAAUUCCUCUAGGCUAUGGGUCACCUGAGGUGUGGGACAUACAUUUGAAACAUGUUAAUUGCUGCCAUGGACAGGCCUUCUGUCUGGCUGAGGAAUUAACCUCACUCACUUGUUACCAUUGGACGUAGGAGGUGCGGCUGCAGCAUGAGAAGAUUCCUCUCAUCGGGUCGUGUAAGCAUGGCAGUAAUCAUGAUGUCAAAGGCACCACGAGCAGGUGCUCUGUAUUUGGAAGGCUUGCACAACACCGGUUCCAGGAUACUGGAGCAUCAACACUCUGAGUACUCACACUGGCUAGGUUUAGAUGUGACCUAUGGUCAAACCUCCUCUGACGGUAGAGCUCUCAUUUGAAGAGCUCUCAGUGUUUCACUUUUGGCUUCCUGUUUAAAUUCAGCCUUGAUUAUCCAGGCUGUGUGUAUGCUCCUUGAGAUCAGGGGAGGCAGAGGCUGUGUCUACAUGAACAGGUAGCGUGCACUGUUGAAGACCUGUGGAGUGGAAAUGGAACUCAAGAUGUACAACAGAGAAGAGCAGACAGCACGGUCCAGCCACCUCUCCUGACAGGAGGACAAAGGCAGGGCUGCGAGACCCUCAGCAGACCCCACCUGCACCCUGGUCAGGGCUCAGCCAUCGCUCCUCAGGUGCUGGCAGAGGAAGGGCACGGCCCAGGCCCCGUAGUUGUAUGCGGGUCUCUGACCCCAAAGAAAGCUGUCUGUUGUGCAUCGUCUUCUCUGUGGUACGGCAGUGUUGGGAAAGCCCUCAUUUAAAAGAGGCAUCAAUGUAUUGCAAAAUUCUACCAUUCCAUGAAAACCCUUUUACACUAAAGCCCAAAACCAUCAUUUUUGUCUGCAUAUUUUUGCAGUUAUUUACCCUACCCACUUUGAAUACAAUCUUAAGGAAGCCGCAAUGGACAAGUUACCAAAUUUUGUGCUAAUGUGAAGUUACAACAGCUUGCUUAAACUGACUGAAACAGAUUUUGCUGGCCUGGAGAAACUGGAGUUACUGAUGCUGCACAGCAAUGAGAUCAAUGCAAUACCCGACAAGGCGUUCACUGAUUUGCAUUCAUUACAGGUAUUAAAAAUGAGUUAUAACAAGGUCAGUGUACUGCAGCAAGAUGUUUUUUAUGGUCUGAAGAGCUUGGUACGGUUGCAUAUGGACCACAAUAAAAUUGAAAUUGUAAAUCCCAACGUUUUCUACGGACUAACAUCACUAAGGUUGGUCCAUUUGGAAGGAAACUCAAUUAAGCAGCUUCAUCCAGAUACUUUUGUCACCUUGAACUAUGUACAAAUAUUUAAAAUAUCCUCCAUAAAGCACAUAUAUUUGUCUGAAAAUGCGUUGACUUCACUACCGCAAGAAAUGUUUUCCUACAUGUCUGAGCUAGAGAGUAUUUACCUCCACGGAAACCCAUGGUCCUGUGAUUGCAGUCUACAGUGGUUUGCAGAAUGGUCGAGACAGAGGCCAGAUGUCAUAAAGUGCAAAAAAGACAGAAGUUCUGGCGCUCAGCAAUGCCCAGUUUGUGCUAGCCCCCAGAAUUAUAAAGGAAGAAACUUUGUCACUGUUCCUUCUGCAUCUUUAACCUGCACUAAGCCAGUCAUACAUCACUCCCUAAAAUUUAGAAACCUCACAGUGCCAGACGAUGGGGAUUUCAGUUCUGUGUCUACCAAGGACUUCAUGGCUCCUAUAGGAUCCAUGGUUUUGAACAUGACUGACCAAGCAGGAAGUCGUGGCAAUUUGGUUUGUAACAUCCAGAAACCUAAAGAAAUGUCUCCACUCUCAUUUGACAAAGAUGGCAACAACACAAUACUGAAAACAUCAUUCACAGCAUUUCUGGUGUGCGAUAUUGCUUAUGAGCAUAUCCAGCAGCUAUGGAGCAUACUGGCCCUGUACAGUAAUUUCCCCCUAAAACUAGAAAGGAAUGCCCUAGCAACUAAAAUGCCUUUUACUGCUUACCGCUAUAAACAAAUCUACUCUGAAAAAGAUGAACUUCACACCAAUGUAGAGGCAGAACUGAGAGCCGAACCACCUUGGUUAAUGCAAAGCAAAGUAGCACUACAGCUAGACAGGACAGCAACCACACUUAACACAUUGCACAUCCAGUACUUCACUGAUGCCCAGAUUAUUUUGCCCAGUCCUGACCAAAAAAAAGUGAGAAAUAACUGGACAAUCAUCUCCAGGGACAAUAAAACACAAACACAGCACACUGUUUUAGUUGGGGGGACCGUAGAACUAGAUUGCCAAGCAAUUGGAGAUCCAGCUCCUGCAAUAGAGUGGAUAUUAGCUGAUGGGAGCAAAGUGAGAGCCCCUUAUAUCAGUGAGGAUGGCAGAAUUAUAGUAGUUAAAACUGGAACAUUUACAUUACGAACAGCUGACACCUUUGACACUGGGCUUUAUCACUGCAUAGGCACGAAUUACAAUGACGCAGAUAUUCUCACAUUUAGAAUUACUGUGGUCGAUCCUUAUGUGGAACACAGCAGUGUAAAUGGAGCCCACCUUUCCACAUCUGUUGGCAGCACACUCUACCUUCCCUGUACAUCUGCUGCUGUUCCAGAUGCUGCUAUUAGCUGGGUGUUACCCGAGCGUGUGAUUCUUCAUCAUUCUGCCAGAAACAAACACAUUUUUGACAAUGGUACCUUGAGAAUACAAGGGGUAACAGAGCAAGACAGUGGCUAUUUCAGAUGUGUUGCAGCCAAUCAGUACGGUGUUGAUCUUUUGGUUCUCCAAGUGCUAGUUAGAAAGGACAAAAACACUCCACAGAAAAUGCAGGUAGCUGUGGGAGAAUGGGAAGAGAGUGAUGGCUCUGGAAACGCAAUGCUGGCCUCUGCUAGAAGGCAUACAAAUCCAUCAGCUACUCUGGCUCCCUUGAUAGCUAAUGAGGAAUCUGCUGCCUCAGCAUCCAGAAACCAGGUCACGCAGAGUGCCUAUAAAAGGCACAGUUAUGGGAAACCAUCCUACCGUCACUACAGGGACAAAAUGGGCAGGAGGUUUCGGGGGCAGAGGAGACAGUUUGUUUCCUCAGCCAGGAGGGUUGACCCGCAGCGCUGGGCAGCCUUUCUGGAAAAAACAAAGAGGAACUCGACUCUUGUAGAAAAGCAAGAAGUUGAAAUAAAACCAGCUAUUCAAGGUCGUCAGCAAUUAAAAGCACCUGUGGAUGAGGAGGAAACAUCUGGUGAUCUCUCAUCUCCAGAACAAGAAUUCAUGAUACCAGUAACAGAGAGUGCCACUGCAUCUCCUCUGGGGAAAGCAACACCGAGUGUGGUACCUGCAGGGCGCAGCAUGCCCACCAGUAACGGUCCUGCUGGUUCAGCCUCCCUCCUGGCUGCAGAGGCUGUAGCUCCGCUACCCUCUCCUUCUUCACAGUCUGUCUCGUCUGACAGCAGAAGGCCACAAACAUAUCUAAACCCUACAAUUACAAAUUCAAACUCAUGGGAAAGAUCUGCUUUGAGUCAAAUAUCAGCAAAUGUUAUAAAACAAUCAACUCAGCAAAGACUGGUAUCUCCUGGAGAAAGUCCUAGCCAGCAAUUAAAUCCUGUGUCUUCAACACCCACGGCAGAUGUUACAGACACCAGUAAACCUGUAACUUCUGAAAAUACGGUGGGCAAGCUACAUCUUUUUACAGAGUCUGCUAAUAAGAUUUCCACCAAAACAGAUCAUCGGAUAUCUGCAGCAAUAGUCAGUGAACCAAAUCCUGAAACCGGUCACGUUUACCUUCAUAGCACCCAGAAACCAGUAAUUACUAAGCUGCCACUGGGCUCAAACACCAUUGCUCAUCAGAAAAUUCAAAUUAUUCAGGAUGUUACAACUCAUGCACCUCAGCAGCAAUAUGGAAGAAGGAGAAAAAUUUCUGGUAGGAGAAAAAUUGUCAGGCCAGGGCGUAUUCCAAAUAUGAAAGAGCACAGGUACCAUUUUGGGAAGCAAGACUCUGUCAGAGGAAAUACAGCUCCAGGUGUCCUCUUGACUUCAAAGUAUACAUCAGAUUUACCUACCUUAAAUAAUUUAAGCAGCUCCAUCAACCUAGUUAGCCCAGAAGCACCUCUGCCCUCCCCCUCCACUAUGAAUAUGUCAUUAGAGCACCCAGCAGGAGCUGUUCAAAACGCAGCACUCCCCACAGCAGCGAACAGCAAACAUGCUGCAAGGCAAAGAACUACUUCUGCGGUGAUGCCUUUCUUUACAAAAAGCACCCAGGAUACCCCCCAACAGAAAUCAGAGACCAGUGCACCAUUUCAGACAAGUACUUACAGAGUCCAGCCUUUUAGCACCAGACCACCAACAACAACCUACACAGCUCAUGUUACUGCAGAAAUUGCACACACAGUAAGCACUAAGAUACCUCCUACCCUUGAAUCAGUCUCAUCCAACACUAAGUCUAGAGCCUCAUCAAAAAAUUCCCAAGGAGGAAAAAUUACUGGGGAACGUCUCUUUGGAAACGACACUCAGAAGGAAGUACUGGAAAAGCUACCAGAACACCAGACGGAUGUGUUUCCAUCAACAGAGGUAUCAGUCUUGCUUCCUAAGACUACAGCAGCAUUACCUACAUCCAAAAUUUCUCCUUUGCCCUUUACACCCAUUUCAGUGGGUGGGGAUCCCAGUAGUGGUUUCCUGUCUUUAAACAAGUCCGUUCAUUAUGACAAUGGUAAGUCAGGAGAACAUCUCCCCACUGCAGAGCUGCAUUCUCACUCUAGUCCUGCAGCUAGCACAACUGAAGAACGGGAUGUAGCAAGUUUGAAGCCAACAGUUAUACCUAUUGUUACUCCUCAAACUGACACCAAAAUCACCAAAAGUAAAAUACUCAGAGUGGGAAGAAAGAGAGGUCAGAGGAGGAAAAGGCCCCCUAAAACAUCUACUUCACGAAGCUUGACCACGGGCCACAGCACUACAGCAGUUCCUCCUGGGAAUACAGCCGUACCUGCCGUGACAACAGUCAAAUCAGCAGCCACGCCUGCAGGUCUUACACCUGCACAACCUCUCCCUGAGAGUGCGAGAGCAGUCUUAGUGACAGAAAUGCCAGUGCCAUGGAGCCUUGCUGCAUCAGAUACAGCUCAGCACAUGCCUACAGCAGCUAAGCAGACAUCAGCGACCCCAAGCACACGGAUGAACAUCCAGUCUGUUACAUUACCACCCAGUGGGCUUAUUCCUCAGACCCCCACCACAACAACCCAAACCACACCACUGCUUUCAAAGCCAUUCAGUGCCACAAGCACACAACCCACUCCAGUUGGUGCUGGAUCAAAACCCGCACAGCAAAUCAAAGCCACCACAACGGCAGGUGAGAUGGAGAAGAAAGUUACCCGAGAAAACCACGUUGCACAGCCCACGUUCCCAGGAAGAAGUGAGCCAAGUGCCGGAGCUCCUGCAGCCACAGGCACCGCUGCCCCCCGCGCUCAGCAUCCCGCCCCGCUGCCAGCCCCAGCAGCAGCCAGGCCACCCGCACCUACGGCAGAAGCCUCCUCACCUCCAAUUGCGGGGAUCGGAUUCAGGCAGAAGCCACCUACUGAAGGCACAGAGAGAGGCAAAAUAUUAGCUGGCAGCACCCUGACUGUUCCAGAGUCAUCCCAGACUGCUACUCCGUGUGCUCCUCCGUGGGGUAGGGACAAGAACAAUCCUGCCAAAGGCAGGUCUGACAAGAGACAAGAUCAAGAAACUACCACCAGGAGCCCUAUAUCCUUCCACCCUUUAAGCAGAAAUCAUUUUGCAAAGCCCAGAAUAAUUGGAGGAAAAUUAGCUGCUUUUACUGUGCUAGCUAAUUCAGAUGCUUUUAUUCCUUGUGAAGCUGUUGGUAACCCCCAGCCAACAAUACAGUGGACCAAGAUAUCAUCAGGGCCCCCUGCUGCGGAGAGCCCGGACGGCGGCAGAUGGACGGUGUUUGCCAACGGCACGCUGUCCAUCACGCGGGCAGGCCUGCAGGACCGCGGGCAGUACCUGUGCUCGGCGGGCAGCCCGCUCGGCACGGCGCGGCUCCUGGUCACGCUGUCGGUGGUGGCCUACCCGCCCCGCAUCGCCGGCAGCAGGCCGCGGCUCCUCACCGCACACUCCGGGAAGGCCGUGGCAAUGAAGUGCCAAGCUGAGGGCAGGCCUCCUCCCACGGUCUCGUGGGUCCUGGCCAACAAAACGUACAUCUCCAGCUCUUCUAAGGAAAAUAGAAGAGUUCACGUGCAACCAGAUGGCACUCUAAUCAUCGAGGAAGUCACUGUUUAUGACAGGGGCCUCUACACAUGCAUGGCCAAAAAUCCAGCAGGCACUGACAUGCUGGUUGUGAAGCUGCAGGUCAUUGCGGCACCUCCUGUUAUUUUGGAGGAAAAGCGACAACAAAUUGCAGGAACAAUGGGGGAAAGCCUGAAAUUCCCUUGCACCGUGGAAGGGAAUCCUCAUCCCAGUGUCCACUGGGUUCUCUUUGAUGGAACAGUGGUGAAACCUCUGCAGUUCAUAAACGCCAAGCUGUUCCUGUUCCCCAACGGCACCCUCCACCUCAGCAACCUCGCCCCUUCCGACAGCGGGAACUACGAGUGCAUAGCUACAAGCUCGACUGGCUCGGAGAGGAGGGUGGUAAGCCUGCUGGUGGAACAGAGAGAUACACUUCCCAAAAUAGCUGCUGCCUCUCAAGAGAUGACGCGAUUGAAUUUCGGGGAUAAAUUGCUUCUGAACUGCACAGCAACCGGGGAGCCAAAGCCCAGGAUAAUCUGGAGGUUACCUUCCAAGGCAGUUGUAGACCAGUGGCACAGAAUGGGAAGUCGAAUCCAUGUGUACCCCAAUGGAUCCUUGGCUAUCGAGGCAGUUACUGAAAAGGAUGCAGGUGACUAUUUGUGUGUUGCAAGAAACAAAAUUGGAGAUGAUCUGAUACUGAUGAAAGUCAGCAUCACAAUGAAACCUGCCAAGAUUGACCAGAAACAGUAUUUCAAGAAACUGGUACCCUAUGGAAAAGAUUUCAAAGUGGACUGCAAGGCCUCUGGGUCACCUGCACCAGAAAUAUCCUGGAGUUUGCCAGAUGGGACUGUGAUCAAUAACGUGAUGCUGGCUGAUGACAGCGGACACAGGUCUCGCAGAUACGUCCUCUUUGACAAUGGAACUCUGUAUCUCAACAAAGUCGGCAUAACAGAAGAGGGAGAUUAUACCUGCUAUGCCCAAAACACGCUGGGAAGAGAUGAAAUGAAAAUACACAUCACUGUCGUAACGACAGCUGCUCAGAUAAAGCACAGUUACAAGACAUACAUAAAAGUGAAAGCUGGAGAUACGGCAUUAUUGGACUGUGAAGUUGUUGGAGAACCCAAGCCAAAAAUAUUCUGGUUGCUACCUUCCAGUGACAUGAUCUCCUCCUCGACAGACAGAUACUUCCUGCAUGCUAAUGGUUCCCUGUCAGUGAGUCAAGUCAAACUGCUGGAUGCUGGGGAGUAUAUGUGCGUUGCCCGUAAUGCUGGAGGGGAUGAUACAAAAUUGUUUAAACUGGAUGUUGAGGCUAAACCGCCUAUCAUAAAUGGUUUAUACACAAACAAAACAAUUAUUAAAGUGACAGCAGUGAGGCAUUCAAAGAAACAAAUCGACUGUAGGGCAGAAGGGACACCUCCCCCUCAGAUUAUGUGGAUUAUGCCUGAUAACAUUUUCCUAACAGCUCCAUAUUAUGGGAGUAGGAUUGUAGUAUACAAAAAUGGAACACUUGAAAUUCGGAACCUGAGACCUUCUGACACAGCGGAUUUUAUCUGUGUGGCGCGUAAUGACUGGGGAGAGAGCAUGUUGGUGGUGCGGCUGGAGGUAUUGGAAAUGCUAAGGCGACCAAUGUUUAAAAAUCCAUUCAAUGAAAAAAUAAUAGCAAAACCUGGAAAAGCUACCACACUGAAUUGUUCUGUGGAUGGAAACCCUCCACCUGAAAUAAGCUGGAUGUUGCCUAACGGCACGUGGUUUUCCAAGGGGAUCAAGACUUCCCAGUUUCUUACAGGAAGCAAUGGCACUCUUACCAUCUACAAUCCUAACAGAGACAAAGCAGGGAAGUAUCGCUGUGCAGCUAAGAAUAAAGUUGGCUACAUUGAAAGGCUGAUCAUCUUGGAGAUCGGCCAGAAGCCCAGUAUUCUGGUGCACCCCAAGGGGCCAGUGAAGGGCAUCAGUGGGGAAUCGUUAUCGCUCCACUGCCUGUCUGACGGGAGUCCCAAACCAAACACAGCGUGGACCCUGCCAGGUGGCUUUGUGCUGGAUCGACCUCAGAUCAAUAGGAAAUACGUUCUGCUGGAAAAUGGCACUCUAGUUAUACGAGAAGCUUCCAUUCACGACAGAGGGAAUUACGUGUGUAAGGCCCAUAAUAACGCUGGAGAGUCAUCUCUAACUGUUCCUGUCAUUAUUGUAGCCUAUCCCCCCAGGAUUACAAACAGACCACCACAGACCGUACAUACGAUGCCUGGUGCAGCAGUUCAACUCACCUGCAUGGCACUGGGAAUACCAAAACCAGAAAUUAUGUGGGAAUUACCUGACCACUCGAUACUCUCUACAGGUAACAAAGGCCAAGCGUCCAGGAGCAAACUGCUUCAUCCCCCAGGGACACUGGUCAUCCAGGAUCCCCGGCCGUCAGAUUCUGGCAUGUACAAGUGCACGGCGAAGAACCAUCUUGGCAGUGACUUCACAGUAACGUACAUUCAUGUCAUUUGAAAUAAGAAAAACAGAAUGAAUAGCAAAGCCUACAGAUGGACUGAGUUUAUUCUUGGAGUAAGUUUAAUCAAAGGCAGCCAAAGGCAUGUAAGUGCCUAAAUACAUUUACAGUAUUCACUCUGCAAUGACCAUGCAAAAAAGGGAGAAAGGGCUUGGGGGAAAUUAGAUCUAGCGUUACUAUCUACCAUUGAUUCUUUCAUGAUUAAAUGGACUUAAAAAUAAUAAGGCACUUUUGCUCCACCAACAAACUUGGAAUAUUCAAUAAAAUUAUUUUCUAGAAAUGUACCUAGAGACAUUCAGAAAAGGAUAGACUUUUAAAUAGUUUAAUGUUGUCCACCUUGUAUGAUGAUCAUGAGCAUGGAUCACAUAAAGCAAGAGUAUCUGAGAACCAAAGAGCAGAUUUAAUUGUGAUACAAAUUACCUUAUUAUGUUUGAUUAUUCAGUAUGUUUUGUUUUUUGUUUUUUGUUGUUUUUUUUUUUUUAAUAAAUAUUCAACGGUGAAACAUGUAGUGAAUUAUUUUUAAUAAUACACCUUU